AUGACGGCGGCGGUGGGAGCACCCUUCACCCCCACCCUCUGCCCUCGUUCGCUCCCUCUCACCCUCUUCCACCCCUCGCUCGUCCCUCAUUCACCCACUGUCUCACCCUCUGCCCUCUGCCCUCUGCCCUCGCCCUCGCCCUCUUGCCCACGUCCAACCCUCGUUUGCCCCUCGUUUGCCCGCCCUCUGACUCUGCCCUCGCCCUCGCCCUCUUGCCCACAUCCAACCCUCUCGCCCUCUAACACCUUGCCCUCUCGCCCACCUCGACCUUGCCCUCUACCCACCUUGCCCUUGCCUGUUGCCCUCUCGCCCAUUUGCCCACCUCUCCCUCUCACCCACCUCGCUGUCUCACCACCACCACCACCAAGACAGUCACAGAAUGACAACGGCAGGCAGGACAACAACGGCUGGGGCACUCUGCCUCGUCCUGUCACCCUCUGCCCCGCCCUGUCACCCUCUGCCCUGCCUUCUCACCCUUCGUCCACCCCUCAGCCGCCCCUUGCUCGCCCCUUGCUCACCCUCGCCCUCUCGCUUGCCUCUCACUGUCACCUCACCCCUCGCUGUCCAUCCAUUGAGGCGAACAUCACCGAGGGGAACGAGAAGUGGUACAAACGGGCAGGGGGGGACAACGAGCAGCCAAAGAGUUCAACGAGCAGCAGAGGGGAAAACGAGCGAUGA